GCAGGCAGUAGUACAGAUAUUGGAACCCAGGACAGACUUCUUUUCAUGGAGAGAAAUUGCUUAAGGCUGAGACUGUAAAAUCAUAUCAAGCCAGCGAUUUCUGGUUUGCAUUCCCCACUGGAGAGCAAACCACUGUCUCUUGUUGGGAUUAUGGGGAAAUUGAAGCGUAAGCUCUUUGGAAAGGGAAAGCAGAAGAAAGCAUCCUCUGGUGAAAAUGCACCAAUGCUUUCCCAAGAGACUCCUGAGAAGCGGGAAACCCAUGGUUUUCAGGGAAUUAAAAAUAUAGCAGGUGCACUGCUGAAGAAGGCAACCAGCGAGAAGAAAGAUGCUAGAGAGAAGCUUGUGGCCACACAGGAGCCAAAAUCCUCAGAUGAAGCCAUUUGUCAAGUCAUAGGUCAAAAGAACUUUUUUGAUGCUUGUAAUCAUAUUUUUGAUCUGGAACAAUCUAAGACUGUGGAUAAAGCUAAGAUUGAUGCACUUUACAACAAACUAGAAGAGAGAAUGUGGGAAGUUGUGAAAACAGCAGUUCAGAGUGGUGAUGGUGUGUUACUAGAGCCCCUGAAAUCAGUAGCUGCCUCACUGGAGUGGCAGAAACAGAAAAAAAAAGAACAGUUUGAUAGUAACAAUGAAAUGGAAGGCACUUCAACCUGGAGACCAAAAUACUGGAAUAAAGAUCUGGCGAAUCUGUUAAUAGACUGCAUGGCAGCACAGUUCCCCUCCGCUGAAUUUGCCAUUAGCACAGAUGAGAUGGCACUAAAAAAACAUCUGAAGCAACUGGAAACCACAGUUCUUCCCACCUUGGAAUGCAGAAGAGCUUUCUUCAAAGAAGCAGGAUUGCUCACCAUCUACAGGAAAUGCUGUAAUGUCUGCUUAUCUUCUCACCUUACCACACUUAUAGACUGUGACUUUAACUUCAGCACAUGUCUUUUAGUUUAUGAAUGGGGCCUUAACAUGUGCAAAAGUUGCAGUGAGAAGCUUCUGCAACCCAGUUGGACUCUGGAGCAGAAGGUCUCCGUGGAGGCCUUGUGUCUUGUGCGGAUUUUUUCAAAUCUGGAGGAAAAACUACUUGCAGCUGCAAAGGAGGAAGUAAGAGAAGCACUGAAAGAAACCAUUACUCCCAGGAAAAAACUGGUCACAGACACUACAGUUGUUAAGAUAUUGACAGAAGGGGCAGAAGCUGUCCAGCAUAUCAGUGAGAGACUGAGAGAGAGAGUGGAAGUGGCAUGUCUGGAGGAAUUUCAGCACUUUCUGUGGAGCUAUGAAAAUGAAGAAAGGAGCCUUCAUCAACCUGACAGGCCUUCUGAGAGUUGCACCAAGCUGCAAGUAUUUGAGAACUGCAUUGUUCUCAGAGCUGCCUGGCACAAGUUGACGUACAUCUAUAACACUAAUGCUGACAUGGAUGCCAAAGUAAAGGAAAUUAUAAGCAGGAUAGAAGAAGAGGGUAGAGAAUAUCUUUGGAAGGCAAUUGCUCCAGAAGUCAAGGCAACACUGAAGAAACACUUCAGAAGUCAUGAUUCUCAUCUUACCAAAUUUCUAGUACCUUUAAAGUCAAACUUGUUAGCAUUUGAGAAGAAAGGAACAGAUAGUUAUGAGAUGCUCAUCAGGGCCGUCCACCACAGGAUUGUCAUGGAGUACGUACAGGCUCUCCUGACAGGCUACAGGAAGUCACGUCCUAAGCAGCAGAGGUCAAUUACCCGCAGAAUUGAACAAGACUAUGAAACCCUGCAAGACCUCUUUGUCAAAUGCUUAGAAAGAACAUCUGACCACCAUUUUGGACAUGGAAGGCACUCUCAGUCAAGAAGAUAGAAAUAAACUAUUGAACAUGGUUUGUGAACACGUGGUUGCCAAGAGCAGAGGCAACUUGCUUUCUGAAAACAUAAGACAAGUGGCUUGGAAAUGUGGAUGCUGCUGCUGCUUCUGCAGUUAGGACAGGUUGAAUAUGAAAUGUGCCUGUGUCAAGAGGGCUCAGGGACCACCGUGAUCACAAUGACAUGCAAGCUGCUAUGAAUGGAACAAGCAUCCAUCUGCUGGAAGCAACCAUGAAGGAGGUCCAGAACUGCCAUGAUUUUGCAUGAAAACUCCCAUAGGUCUAGACCUUGGUUCUCCAGUGAAGCCAAAUGGAAAAAUAGAAAUGCACGUAGGUUAUUGGGGACGAAACUGCACUUAGGUUCCUGGGCCACGGCUGCUAUUCCUAGAGGUGGAGAGGAACUUGGGGCACCACUUGUGUGUGUGUGGUUGAAUUUAUGCUGUAUGUCGGUCUGGUAGCCAGGCCCCUGCUAUUCCCUCAGGGCUCCCCCAUGGUCCUGUAGGGGUGGGGGCAAGGCAUUAUGUGGCUCUGCUCUGUAGCACUAAGAAGUGGAAGAGCCCUGUCUGUCCAUGACUGCAGUCAGCCCCCUUGUGCAGCAGAGACCUGGCACUCCCACUGCCGUUCAGACUGUGUGCACCCUAGAGUGGAAGCAGGGGUCUGAUGGUCCAUUCAGGUGCUUCACUGAAAGCUGUGCUGAUUGCUUAUAACCUGCCUCCAUCCAUCGUCGCCGGCCCCACUGCACUGAUUUAUGUAUAAACUGUAUAAUAUUAUUAUAUUAAUUUUAUAACUAGCACCAGAGCCGAGCUUUGCCUUCCAUCCACAUCGUUCGGUUUACCUCAGAUUUCCCUCUUCUGUAGAAAUCUACAGGGGCAUUUUUUUUGCUACGGUGAUGUCCUGUGAAGUGGACAGCGGAACCAUCUGUUUCCUCCAACUCUUUGGCCUGGGUGUAGAGUGUUUUCAGACGUGAAUAAUAGCCAGGAAGCAUCAGUCGGGAAAACACUAGCCCUUUUUUUUUUUUUUUUUUUUUUAAACCCAUGUAAGGGCUAGAGCUGGCCAUGGUUCAAGGCCUUGUUUGCUGUUGUAUUAAUCUAGGUCAUUACCAUUCUGCUCAUCUCUCCCAGGGUAAACAAAUUAGCAGUGCAGAAAAGAACUGCUACAUCAGACACUGCAGCUCUUCUAGGCAGUCAUUCCUCAUUAGCAUCAGCUUCCUCAAGCGUGGUUUCACUCUCCUGUUUUCUAUGGCUUCUGUGAUGCUUAUGGUUUGCCAGGGUUGGUGCAAGAGAGGCAAGGUUGUUCUUUUCUGAGGAGUUGAAUAACUUGUGACCAAGCUACUCUCGCGGGUGUCUGGGCUAAAAGCUUCCUGCAUCAGAACAACAUUACGGGUGUCAUAAUUUGAAAUUAAACCAGCUGUGAUCUUUGGAGGUCCAUAGUGGCAACAGAUUGGCUUUGAAAGGCCAGAUGCUGCAGUCCUUGUCUACAGGGAACAGUAAUACCCCAUGAGGAAAGGUACCUAGCUAGGCCUGCUCAUACAGUAAAGGCAGGCACACAGAAACAAGGGCAGGGAUUUACAGCAUGUCAGCUACUGCUUUUACCCUGUAGUAAAUUAACCCUAAUGCAUGGUAGCCAUCAGUGUUACAAAUGGGUCUGGUGGCUGUCAUCCAGCCUCACAUGUGAAGGAGUGCAGGCACUUGUCAAAAUAUGCAAGGCUGAACUCUGCACUUUGCUGGUCAUAUUAAGUAGAUCAUAGUAUUCAUCCUUCUGCGCUACCUAUCUGUGCAUUUAUUUCCAGGGGAGGGGAAUAGGUUAUGUGCACAGGCUCUGGAAGGCAGUAUUAUGUUGACUGGUGUUUUGAUCAACAAGCAUUACAGAACAAAUAGAUGAAAACACACAACCCCCCACUCCGCCCCCCCGCCCCCGCAAACAACUGGAUCACAGUGCCUAAAAAUACUUCCACAGUACUAGAAAGGUCUUUUUCAAAUGACUGAUCAUGGGAUACAGCUCUUCCAUUUGACAUUCACACUCAACAAAGGGCUUUAGGCUUACCAAAAAACUAAAAAUUGGAAACCGUCAAGAACAUAUAAAGUCCUGUAACUGACUCUUUAACUUAAAAUGGAUGAAAGCAAUAACCAUUUCACAGCUGCCAGUGAGCACCGACAUGUACAGUUGUGUCAGUCUGUUCUUUCUGUGUAUGUGUAUGCAUUAUGUUCUGUGCUGUAUAUGUGUACAUGAGAGAUUUGUUUUAAAUAAUAUUUCUUCAUUGUAAAUCUCCCUUCCUUGCACCUGCAAUGCAUCCAUAAAGAAGUCUAAUAAAAUCUUAAAUAACUGACCCCCCCCGCCCCACACACACACUAUUAGACUUAUUAGCUGAGGUUUUUACGCUAGAGCUCAGUAGUGAAUCUCUGACCUAUU